AAUAAAACCAUGAAAAUGAUGUCUGUCCUUAAACAUAACUAAAAUAAAUAAUAAAAGAAAUGUUUAACAUCUGUUACGAUUAGGUUAUUUAAUAGUAAUGAAAUAUUUUAUUGAAAAUUGAAUGUGUUUUCUUAAUGUGAGUGAAUGAUAUGACCCAAAUUUUUCUAAAGGAUUAUUAAAGAUUUCGAUGAAAGAUUUACUCUUAAUUUUAUAAGCAUGGAAUUUGCUGAUUAUAUCAAAGCACCUAAUAUAGAAGGUGUUACUCUACAUAGACCUUUUCAUGCUCCACUGGAAGGAACAUUAUGCAUCACAGGCCAUCAUUUCAUUUUAUCAUCAAGGUCAAAGAAUGAAGAACUAUGGAUGCUGCACAAAAUGGUUGAUUGUCUUGAGAAAAAACUCAGUUUUUGCACUGGCACCAUCAUCCUGAAAUGUAAAGAUUUUCGAAUAUUGCAGUUGGAUGUACAAGGGAUAGACGAGUGUAACAAUGUUGCUGCUUCAAUUGAAUAUUUAAUGAAUUUAGAAAAUCCGAGAUCUUUUUAUCCGUUUUUCCAUCGAGCUAUGUUUGAAAUGCUGGAGGAUGGGUGGACUUCAUUUCGUCCUGAAAUAGAAAAUAGUAAACUCUUACAAAACAAAGAGGAAUGGAGAAUAAGUUUUGUCAACAAAGAUUAUUCGGUAUGUCCCACAUAUCCUCAGCAAGUAAUUGUUCCUAAGAAUAUUGAUGAUGAAACAUUGAGAAAAGUGGCAGCUUUUCGUCAAUUUGGCAGACUUCCUAUUCUAAGUUAUUACCACAAGUCAAGCAAAGCUGCUUUACUGCGCAGUAGCCAGCCGAUGGUCGGAGCUAAUAACAGGCGCUGUAAAGAAGAUGAAAGAUUGUUAAAUACUGUCUUGGGAUCAGGAAAAAAAGGGUACAUCAUUGACACCAGAUCGCAGAAUAUUGCUCUUUUAGCUAGGACCAAAGGUGGGGGUUUUGAACCUGAUGUCCAUUAUCCUUUGUGGAAGCGUAUGCACAAACCUAUAGAUCGAUAUUUUAACCUGUUGGAAUCCUUAAGUAAACUGGUUGAAGCCUGCAAUGACAGCAAUUGCAAUGUUGAUAAGUGGCUGGCACGCUUAGAAUCUUGUGGAUGGCUCACAAAUGUGAAAGAUGUGUUAACUUGUGCUUGUCUGGUCGCACAAUGUUUAGAUCAAGAUGGUUCAUCUGUUUUGGUGCAUGGUGCGGAAGGCACAGAUGCAACUUUAACAGUAUGUGCUCUGGUUCAGAUUAUUUUGAACCCAGAUUGCCGAACAGUUCACGGAUUUGAAGCCCUCAUAGAACGAGAAUUCAUUCAAGCAGGGCACCCUUUUAGUAUAAGAUGCCAGUGCAAUGCAUAUGCAUCAGCAAACUCUCGGACGAAAGAUCAAAGUCCAACUUUUUUAAUGUUCUUGGACUGUGUAUAUCAGAUUCAUGAACAGUUUCCUUGUUCAUUUGAAUUUAAUGAACAAUUUUUAGUCACUUUAUUCGAACAUUCCUAUGCAUCUCAGUUUGGAACAUUUUUGGGCAACUGUGAUAAAGAUCGACACGACUGGAAGUUAGCAGAACGAACUGUUUCUCUAUGGUCAAUGUUGAAUCGAAGUGAAACUCUUCUGACAUAUUUAAAUCCUAUGUAUGAACCAAACAGUCACAUAAUUUGGCCCUCUGUUGCUCCACAGAGUAUUGUACUUUGGAGUGGCAUGUAUUUGCGAUGGGUGGUAGACCAGAAACCUCAAGUGGAUGCAUGGAAUGUCAUUGAAGAAAUUAGAGAAAAGGAAAAAGAACUACAAUUUAAAUCAGCUAAGCUCAGAAGAAUUAUUUAUGAGCUAGAGAAGGAAGCUGGUGAAGCUGGCUUACUAAGUCCAGAAACUACUGACUUAUUACCUUUGGAUGAUUAAAUCAUAUGUUUAUUUUUAUUAAAAGUUAUUAUAUAUUUUCAAGGAUGUGUAUAGCGUAAUUAUUAUUAAAUCAAUUUCUCUAUAACUAACAAUAAAAUAUUUUAAGCUGAAAAUUUUUCAUUUCUUUGAUAAAACAUUGCAGAAUUUCAUUUACCUACAGUAUUUUUUUUUUUUCAUUUGAAUUUUUGCUACUGAGUCAUGAAUAGUGCUGUUAUUUAUAUUCUUUGCUUUUUAAUUUAUGUUUUACAUUUAAAUAAUUGCUUCAGUACAGUAGAGCCCUGAUUAUCCUUGGAAUUGGAUGGCAAGAACAUGGCUGAUAACAUAAAUUGUAGAUGAUCUGAAAAAACUUAAAAAGUAAUGUGGAAACAGUGAAAAUAAUUUUAAAAUGUAUUCAUGCAUUUUAGACAUACAACAGAAAUCUUUGCUCUUAAUCACUGAAACGAAAAAUAGUAAAGAAAAAAUCAGUACAUACAUACACCAUAAAAGUGUUUGGUUACACUUUUUUUUAAAAAAAAUCAAUGAUUGAUCACGUGCAAUAUAAUUUCCGGUCUCUUUCGGAUGAUCGGAGCUCUAUUGUACUUAUUGUCGAUGCUGAUCUGAUACUAUUGUCGAUGCUGCUUUCAAACUUUUCUCUGUUCAUUUCAAUACAAUCUCAUUUUUAAUAUUCUUGAGGGGGAAUGUUUUUUAAUUUCUUAUUUAAGUAAUACUUGGUUUUCAAUUUUUUUUAUAUUUGAUUUAGUUUAAUAGAACAUUAAUUUUAUGUGGACAUUUUGAAACUGGCUAAAAACUGUUUGAAAACAUUGAAAUUUCACUGUAUAUCUGUCUCUUUCAAUUUUUAAUGCUUUUCAUCUGAAAUAAUCUUAAUUCUUUUAUUUAUUUAUAUUUUUAUUUGCAAUUAUUGUGGACCUUUUUAUACCUUCUCAGAUGCUGCUUGAUCAAUGAAGUUUCAAUGUAUAUCAGGAAAAAAAAAAUAUAUAAUGCUGUUUAUUUAAAAUGACAUUCACUCUUUGUUUUCAUUAAAUUUAGUUUAAUAGAACAUUUGUGAACAUUUCAUAACUUAUAACUGCAUGAUUGCUAAAAAUUAUGAAUGCUUUUUUCAUGUAGCCCAUAAAUUAGUUUCCAAAAAAGUAAAGUGUGUAACAAAAGAAAUGAACGUUUGUAGUUAUGUUGUUUUUGUGUUUUUUACUACAUUAUCAAAUCACUCUGACUUUGUUUAUUUCAUAUUGUUACUUCACAAAAUUGAAACUUUAAUUAAAUAAUCUUUUAUAAAAUUAUUUCUGUUACAUUAGAAUAUACACUUUGUUGCAUGACAAAUGGUAUUGAGAAAUUGUUUUUAUUGUUUGUUGACAGCUUACUUAAAAAAAGGCAUUUUCAUUUAUAUAAUGGUAAAAAAAAAUGUAAAAUCAAUGUUUUUAAAAAAAAGAACUGUAAUAAUUAUUAUUAGUACUAGUAUUUAGCAUUAUUUUCCUUUUCUAAGGAAAUUCAUAAUAAAAUUGGAUUUAAAAUGCAGCUGUGGAUUUAAAAUUAUUCUUAACCCAGUUAAAGCUCUAUUAGUUAAAUGAAAAUUAUGUCGACAUAUAUUUAUAUGAACUCGAAUAAUUAUUCCAAAUUAUAUUACAUUCAUGAUGGCGCGGUGGUUAAGGCACUGAACUGUCGUUAUAAUGAACUGAAGCUUGAACCCCAUUGGUUGCUGGAAAUCCACCCAGCUUCAGUUUGUCUGUGAGAAAGUGCGCAAUGCUCACACUACUGACCACAAUCUUGACAUUGGGAGCGAUUAUGGCCUGAUACGAGUUCCGCACCCAGCUCACACCACCCAUAAUGCUGACAUAAAAUAUCCUCUAUGGUAAAUAAAUCUUGGGUUAGAGUCACCUUGCUGUCAGGCUAACUGUAUAUUGCCUUUGUGGUUUUCUUCUCCAUGUAACACAAAAGAGGCUUAGUUCCAUCAAAAAGUUCUCCACAUUUAUUAUAAUACUUGAUCAAAGAGUUCCCUUAGAGGUAAACUCAAAAUUAGGUUGGUUGUUCAACAACAGUUAUAAAAUCAAAUCAUGUCAUUGGUUAUGAACCUUAACCUCCAUGUUGCAAAAAUAUUUUAUUUAAUAAUGAUGCCUUCAACACUUUCCUACAAUUGAGUAAAAAUUUAAUAAUUCAGAGUGAAGCUCUCAGUUAAGUCAGAGUCAUUUCAGCUACAAACUCCACAGCAGUCAUACGUAAUAAAUUUCAAUCAUUUAUUAUCAUCAUCAUCUAUACCUUUUGAGACCAAAAGGACUUUUUCUAGGACAUCUAUCCCUCUCAAAUUCGGCCUGCCUUUUUUUAGUGUGCCAACUGGUCUGGCAUUAGAAACUCUUUUAGUAUACGGUCUUCAUCCUUUUCUGAUAACAUGGCCUGUCAUUUAAUGAAGUUCAUAAUUAUAUGAGUGAUAAAAGCUCUAAAUAUGUUCCUCCAAAAAUACUUCUCUCAAAGGUACCCAACAUUAGGUCAUCCAUACGAGAGAUGGUUUCACAAGCAUAUGUUGAAACUGAUCUUGUAAGAGAUUUAUGCAAUAAAACAUUUGUUUUUCUAUGGAUUUGAUUAAAUUUUAUGUUCAUUAAAUCAUUUAACAUAGAUGAUGAUAAAAUUUACAUGCAUCAUUUUUACUGUAAAACUAUUUCAUUAUACUUGAUUUCUUUAUUUAUAUUAUCAUUCAAAUUUAUUAUUUAUGUAUAAUUUAUUUGAUAUAUUUACGUUAUGUUUAUAGUUUGAUAUCUAAACCAUUAAAAAUUAAUGCUUGUUAAAUUGAAUUUAGUUUUAUUGUUUAUUAGAAGCAUGUUGGUAGAAAAAAUAUUUGUGUUCUUCCAUAAAUAUUGUAAAAGUUUUAAUAAUAUGAACGUACAUAAAUGUUCAAAUUCCCAUCAAUUAAGUAUGAAGGAAAAUAAAAAAUUUUAUUAGA